AUGAUUUUCUUGCUUUCAGGCUAUCGAUCUCGUGCGGCUUUCAAAUUAAUACAGCUAAAUAAGCGUUUUGAAUUCCUGCAAAAAUCGCGUGCAGUUGUUGAUUUAUGUGCUGCUCCAGGAGGAUGGCUUCAAGUUGCUGCACAAAAUAUGCCAAUUUCAUCCAUACGUAUUGGAAUCGAUUUGGUACCUAUAAAACCUGUUGAUAAAUGUAUUACUUUGCAAGGUGAUAUAACAACGGAGAGUGCUAGACAAAUGAUUAAAAAAGAAUUACAAAAUUGGGAGGCUGAUUGCGUGCUUCAUGAUGGUGCACCGAAUAUUGGUUUGAAUUGGUUGCAUGACGCUUUCCAACAAAAUUGUUUAAGUCUUUCUGCAUUGAAGCUUGCUACUCAAAUUCUUUCCAAGAAUGGCUACUUCAUAACAAAAAUCUUUCGUUCUAAAGACUAUCAUUGUCUUAUUUCAGUGUUUCAGAAAUUAUUUCGAAAAGUUCAUGUUUGGAAGCCAGCCGCCUCACGUUUAGAAUCAGCUGAAAUUUUUGUUGUUUGUGAAAAAUAUUUGAAGCCAUCAAAAGUAGAUUCCAGUCUCCUCGACUCAAAGAAAGUAUUUUUAGACACCAGCGAUGAAGCGAAACAGCCUGAUGUUGGCAAAAAUGAAAAGAAAACAAAACCAGAAGGAUAUGAAGAUCAGAUUUUGCUAUACAAAAAAAUUACAGCUAGCGAAUUUAUUCGUAGUAAAAAUUAUCUCGAAAUUUUAGGAAGCGUUAAUCAGAUAGUGCUAGACGAUGAAAUAUGGCAGAAACAUGAAGCGACCACUGAAGAACUACAACAUUGUAUUAUGGAUUUAAAAGUUUGUGGACCUAGAGAACUUCGUCUCAUUUUGAACUGGAGAAAGAAGAUAUUAAAAGAAUUGAGCGAAGAGGAAGAUAAGGCGGAAGAACAUCCAGGAGUGUCAUCACAACUGGAUGAAAAUGAAAUAGAGUCUGCCGCUUUAAAAAAGAAACGUCGAAAAUUACUGAAGGAAAAGGCAAAAAUACAAAUGCGGAAACAAUUAAAAAUGGUUCAUGAAGAUUCUGCCUACGAUCUACCUCAAGAACAAGACCUUUUCUCCUUAAAUAAAAUAGCUAAAGCUAAGAAAAUAGGAAUAAAGGAUGAUAAGAGAGAAAAAGCGAAUAUUUCCCUGAACUCUAAAGUAUCAGUUCAUGCUGCUGGUGAGAAAGACGAUGAUAGUGACGACGGUUUCGAUAAAAACUCUGAUAUAAUUUUGGAAGGGGUGAAAUUAGCCCCUGAAGUGUUGGCUCUUGGUGAGCAACUAAUUUAUUCUUCAAAAACUCGUCGCGACUUGGAGGACUGGGCCUGGAACAGAUAUACAAAUAAUGAUGAAGGAUUGCCUGAUUGGUUCGUUAAGGACGAGGCAAGGCAUUACCGGAAGGAGUUACCUGUUACAAAAGAGCAGAUUCAGCGGUAUAAGGAUCAAAUGAAGGAAUUAAAUGCACGACCAAUCAAAAAGAUAGCGCAAGCCAAAGCCAGAAAAAAGCGACGACAAAUUAUAAAACUGGAAAAGACAAAGAAAAAAGCUGAAAAUUUAAUGGAAAAUGAAAAUUUGCCUUAUAAUGAAAAAAUCCGUGAACUGAAAAAAUUAUAUCGCAAAAAUAUUACAAUGAAAAGGAAAGAAAUCGUUUAUAAGGUGAUGACGAAAGGAAAAAUGGGUCGAACAUCGAGGCCUAGUGGAUUAUAUAAGGUUGACCACUUUCUCAAAGUUUUUUGCUUCUUUUCCUGCUCCAAAAUUUAG